UGGUUACUUGACACUUACGCAGCCGGAGAACAAAAUUUACAAAAAGGAGGACACACCCAGUCGACACCCUUCCCAUCACCCGUCGUCCUGCGGGAGGUUUGGACUAGAAAGUAAACUAUCUUCAACUCUGAAGGAGCAUCCGAAAUAUGUAAAACAUUUUGAAAAAGAGGACUACAAAAAGUACAUGACUAAGUAAGCUUGAGAAACUAGGCUUUUAAUAUUGAUGAAGCAUAUCAGUAAAUCAUGUAGGCUACUAGUACUAGUCAGUCGGCCAAUGUGAUGCAGGACACGAUCCAAAAAGGAGGACAUGCGUAACGUCUGGUAACCUUACUUUAUGCCUGAUAAUGGCAUCUGCUGUCUAUGAUCCAGGAGUACUUGGUGUCAGGAAACCUGAAAAUUGUGGUUGUCAAGAGCUGUUGGCUAAACAAAAUUUGGUUCAUUAUGGUUGGCUUCGGAAACGAUGUUUAAGAAACAAGCUUCAAAUAAAUUUCUUUAAUUGGCCACAGCUUUAUGUGGUUUUAGUUGAAUGCUGUCUUUAUUAUUUUAAAAAUGAACUGUCUAAAAAACCUGCUGGAUCAAUUUCAUUAUAUGGAUACAACAGAAUAAUACGAGCAAGUGAAAUAAAAAUAAAAGAAGUGCCAUGGGCUUUUAAAAUAGAACAUAUUCAACCUGAUGUAAGAUCACUUUACUUUGCUGCAUCAUCAGAAGCAGAGAUGGUGUCAUGGAUGAAGAUGAUCAAAAGUGAAAUGCUGAAGGCCAACAAUAUAAGUUCUGGUAUGAGCAACUUUAACAUGCAACAAGUCUCCAAAUCCUUAUCAGAUACAGUUUCCAUGGCUUCAGAUUUUUCUUGGAGUUCUUCAGAUUACAAUGAUUUAGAGGAAGGUAUAUACAAAGAUGCUGCAGGAUGUCAAAAUCGGCAAUCAUUCUAUUCCGAUGCUGUACCCAUACACCAAUUUGAAGAUGAGUAUAUUGAUGAUGGUGAACAGUCUCCAUCUAGCCAGCGGGACAAAGAUAUAGCUCCGGCAUUACCAAAGAGACCGGCUUUCAGCAAAGCUUCAGCACCAGUGUACAGUCUUCAAAAGACACCAAUAGUUAGUACAAAACAGAAAACUGAUAGUUACUGGCCAAAUGUUUAUUUUCAAGGAGACAAAAUCAAAGCAGCACAAAUUAUUAAUUCCAUUGGUGAAAAUGGUGUUUACCUUGUUCGGAAAAGUGAAGAUGACUCUAAUGUGUUAGUGUUCUACUCAAAAACUGCUCCUAGGAAAUUCAAAAUCAUUGAAAAGGACAAUGGACAGCUAACAUUAUCCUCAAGUAGUGGACCGUCUUUUCAAAAUGUAGAAGAUCUUUUAUAUCACUAUUAUUAUAACAAAUUACCUGGGCUUGAAGAAACACUCACAACACCUUACAAGCUUCAUCCACUUUAUAAGGAGAAAUAAAACACUUAGUUUUAUUUCUACUAAUUAUGUUUACAAAUUUCUUUUGACCAUUUUUUUUUUGUUGAAAGCCAUUUACUAAUUGUUAUACUCUUCGAAUUAACUUUUUUAUAUUGUGAAAUGUAGAAUUAAAUAUUAUUAUGCUUUUGAUUGUCAAUCUUUUGUUUUCAGUUUAAAUUUAGUUUUUAUUACAGUUCAAAGUAUUUCUUUUUGAAACAUGUGCUUUGCACUAAUCAGUUGGUUUUGUCAAAAUGCUUUUGUUAUAAGAAAAAAAAAAGGGAAAACAUUUGUAACUAUUUUUGCAACAAUUUACUUAAAGGCCAUAACAUGAUAUUUAAUUGACUGGUGGUUCAUUGAAUUAUUAUCCACUUGAAUGUAAGAAAAUCGCACAGGAAACAAUUAUUUGAGUCAUCUGCCCUCAAAAAGCCAUUCCACAUAUUUUGUAUACAUUAUUUAUAUAACUUUAGGCAUUAUGUUCCAUCUUCAAGUGUUAAUGUUGUAAAUGUCUAUGCUGGUAAGUGUAUUGCCAAAAUAGUUCUUAUAUUCAUUUUUUUAUUUUUUUUGCUUUGUAUCAGUAUAGAACAUGCUCUUAUUCACGCUCUGACUAAUUACAUGCUAUCUUGUUUUGAGAUCAUUCUAACAUUAUACUUCACUCAAUAAUUUUUUUUUCUACUAGAAAUAGAAGUUUCAUUUAUUAAGUUUAAAAAAAAAAAAGUCUAAAAAUUCCUUUUUUUAUGUAAUUUAUUGUUGAACAUAUCUAUCUAUCCAUUGAGUUGUGGUAAGUCAUGUUGAACAUAUCUAUCAAUCCAUUGAGUUGUGGUAAGUCAUGUUGAACAUAUCUAUCAAUCCAUUGAGUUGUGGUAAGUCAUGUUGAACAUAUCUAUCAAUCCAUUGAGUUGGGGUAAGUCAUGUUGAACAUAUCUAUCAAUCCAUUGAGUUGGGGUAAGUCAUGUUGAACAUAUCUAUCUAUCCAUUGAGUUGGGGUAAGUCAUGUUAAACAAUUUACACUUAUGCUGUAUUUGUUUUGAUGCCAUGAAAUUCUAAAACCUUGUAUAAGCACUUUGAAAGAUUCAGAUUGCUUACUACAGUAAUGCUAUACCUCCACCCUGAGUGUUUUAUGUAAUUUAAUGUUUUGAUUUUUUUUUUUUUAGAAAUCUAUUUUCUACCAAAAUUGUUUAUUUUAUGACACCUAAGAUCACUGUUUUUUUUUUUUUUUGUGUAUUAUUUUUUAACGACUUUUUAUUAAAGUUCAUUAAGAUUCCAAAUUUUAUUCCAUGUCAAAUAUUUUCUCUUUUUUAAGAGAGCUAAGCCAUUCCUACUGAUAUCUCUUUGUGAACACGUAGUUGCACUUUUGUGCUGGUGAUUGCAGCAGAGCUGUGAAAUAAUGUUGUUAUUUGUUGUUGUUGUCCUUAUCAUCAUGUAGCUGAAACAAAGACAAGUAUUAAAAUGUUUGAUCACAUUGAAAUAAAGUUCACUUUGUUGUUUUAGCAAUUGUUUGUGGAUUUCCAUUUUAUGAAAUAGUAAACUGAGCAGUUGUAUUACACUACAUUGAUCCAUGAAAGCUUUUCAAAUAUAUGUAUUCAUUUAUACAUAAAUAUACAUCAUACAUUCCACCGUAUGUGUUUUUUAAAAUUACUUUACUGAUAUAACUUACAUCUGACAUAACAUUUUUUUUAAUUGGCAGAUUUUAUGUGAAUAUACAAUUGUGCAGAAAUUUAAAAAUAAUAUUUAUUUAGCUUAUAUAUACAUUUUAUAACUCCUGCCUUACUAAGCUAAAUGAUAAGCAUUAAAUUACAGUUAUAAAGAAAAAAAUUUUAUAAAACAAUUAUUUUCAACUUUUGUACGGGUGUUUCCACACAAAAAAUGCCUUAACCCAUCAAGUAAUAAAACAAGUCUCUGGAUAUUAAUUGUUUUUAUAUCAUAGUUAACUAGUCCUUCUGAGAUUUUAAUGGUCAUGAACAUAUAUUUUUAAUUUUUUUUUUUUUUAUUUGUGCUUAGUUGAAAGUUUAUUUUUGGUUCAUAAUUUAUUUUAGAAUUUUUCCAGCUUACUAGUUUGGUAAAAAAUUUUUGAACAAAUAGGCUUUUCUUUUUUCCUUUUACAUAUAGAAUUGCAUUGUAUUGCAAAUUAUUUUUAUAGUAGGAAUAAUAGAAUUUAGAUUUUGUUUUAAACUGACCUAAAAGUACAUAAUUUAGAAAUUACAAUGCACUAUAGCAAUUUACUUUUUUGUGAGUGCUAUACAAUACUUGUAAUUUAUUAUAGGAUCAAUAAUCAUGUUGCUUAUUAUUAUUAGUUAUUGUGUUUUGAUAUAAAUCUUUACAAUUAAAAACAAUUUUAAUUAACAAUUUAUAUAUACCACAUUUGUAUCAAUGAUUUUGUUUUUUUGCCAACUAUUCUCCUAAAGAAACUAUUUCUACAAAUUCUAUGCAAUGAAACUUGUACACUUUGAAAUACAACAUUAUUCUGGGUUCAUUUUAAAUAUGAAAAUAAAAUAUUGUUUUAAGGUGUUAA